AUGUCAUCUGUGGGGCAACUGGUACCCCCAGUUACAAAGGGCCCACCCAACACAACAUACACAUUCAACGGUCCACAUAUAGAAGGGUCUUUCUGCACCUCUAUUGACACCAAUUAUGAUCCAGUGAUUAGCAUUAUCUGCGCAAUGUAUAUUGUGUUUGGAAUUGUUUAUUCUAUAUUUGGUUACCGUUGCUUUAAAGCUAGUAUGUUCCUGACGGGAUUUACAUUUGGGUCCGCUAUUGUGUAUCUGAUAUGCCUUCAAGAAUACUUAAUGCCACCAUAUGGUAAUGUCGGAGUCGCUCUAUGUGCUGGUCUUCUCUUUGGCCUGAUAACUAUGCUGAUUCAGUAUGUGGGCCUGUUCAUGACAGGAUUUCAUACGGGACUUCUGCUAGCGGUUGCUGGUCUGGCCAUCUACGAUCAUUUUCUCGAUAAUAGACCUAAUACGUAUUGGCUGUGUGUCGUCGUUUUGUUGUUAUCGGGAAUAAUGUUCGCAGUUUUCAAUCUAUACUGGAAGAAAGUUCUGACAAUUUUCGGUACGAGUGUGUAUGGUGGGGCCGUCAUCGCUACAUCUCUGGACUAUUUUAUAGAACGCAUGGUGAUGCUUAAAUGGCUUUGGGAGCGUGCAAAGCUGGAGCCUGCAGUGCCUCCGCCUUGUGCAAUAUCAUGGUUGACACUCGCUGCUUGGCCUACGGUGGCCAUCGUUGGCUUCACAGCUCAGUGCGCCUUGACCGGCACUGGAAUCUAUCAUGAGCAAAGUAUAAGUGCACAAAAGCGUCGGCUCAAAGCGCAACCAGCCAGACCAGUGACCCGCGAACAACGCGCUGAAAUGAAACAGCGGAAAUAUCGCUAUCUCUAUCAAGUGCGGACUGCUCACGGUGACGUCAUUUCACAGUCAUACGUGCAAGCGUUACAGAAGAAGGCUCAGUGUGGUAAUUGGACCGGCAGCGGUGGUGGCGAAUGUAGCACACUGCAAAGCGACUCCACGCAUUUGACUGUCCUGGCCGGCUCCGAACAGGCUCCACCCACGGACUCAGACGACGAUCUCGAGCAAAUCCGAGCAGCACACUAA